AUGUAUCAGCAGGGGCUUCCUGUGGCCUUCAGGACGCGUAGCUACAAGAAGGAAAGUGUGGUUAGGAGUGAUUUGAUAACGAGUCGGAAGAGGAAAAGGGUGGAUGAACAUCAUGAUGAUGACGACGACGUGGUUUUUGUUGAAGUAAAAUUAGAAGGUGAAGGGGGUGCAAGUGGGAAAGUUGAUUCUGGGCGUGGCGCUUCAUCUUCAUCACAUAGUUCUUUCAAGGGUGAAAGGGUAUCUGAAUUUUUGGGAGAGAAUGUGGAGGAGCCUAUUGAAAUCGAUGACAGUGAUGAUGAUGGAAGUGGUGAUGAAGAGGGGUUGAGGCCUUCCGAGAAGAGAGUUGAGGUUAGUGAAGAAGGGGGGAGCCAGGAGAGUAAAGGGUGUUCUGUGUUUGCUGAUAAAGUUGAGAACUUUGGUGAUCACCGAGGUAGUGGUGGACCUGAAGACCCUAUUUUAUUGACGGUUGAUGGGGAUAGUACGAGUGAAGAAGAAGAGGAGGAGGAUGAAGAAGAUGGCGUGGCAGGAAGUAGUUUAGAUGAUGAUGGGUAUGAUUUUCUUUUGUCUCAAACGGAGAGUGAGGAUGGUGAAACUAGUGAUGAAGAUUUUCAGGUUGAUGAUAAGAAUGAAUACUCGAGCGGUGAGGAUAAUGAUUCUUGGUGUGAGGAUCAUAGGGGGCGAUGCAGGAAGAUAGUGAAGGAGCGGGUGAGAAAGUUGGAGAGUGAAGCUGAAAGGAGAGGUGUCUGGAGAAGAAGGAAAGGUGAAAGGAAAGAUAAUGAACAGGGAGAGGAGUUGGAGGAACAAUUUAUGGGUGCUGAUUGUGCUAGUGCGACCUCUAGUAAAUCUGAGAUUUCUAAGGAUGAAGCAAAGAGAGUAGAAACUGUCAAUGCUGGUGCAAAAGUCUUUGGUGAUCACUGGGAAUUUUCAGGUUGUUCUAUGACAUCUGAAGCUAAAACAAUAGAAGAUAAGAAAAGAUAUAGAGCUCAUCAUAGUGACCAUGCUAAUGACUCUGUGAAUCUUGACAACGAAGGGAAAGAGCAUCGUCACCACAAAGAAACAUGCAUGAGAAGUGUUUCUGUAUUGCCAGAAAGCCAAGGGAAGACAGGGGAUUCAGCUAGAGUUGUAAUCAAGGAUGUCAAGAGGGGAAAGCCACAGCCGCGGGAAGAUUGGUUUAAUAGCAAUGAUCGGGAGAAGGUAAGUGUGGUGGAUGAUGAAAUUCGUGACAAAUAUCAUGAAGUCCUAAGGAUGCCAUCUAGAAGAAAGGUCCAAGGUUUUGAAUUCUUUACUGAGUGCUUUUGGGGUAAGCAUGAUUCAGAUAAAGAUGGUUCACAUGUGUUGGAAGAAAAGGAUAGUGAUGUUGGUCAUGAGGGUCAGAGUCAACCAUUAGCUUGUAGUGAGGUAAUCCCAUUAAAUUGGAACUCUACCAAGGAAGAACCGAUUGAAAAAUCAGAGUCUGAGAAGGAGUUAGAAAAGUUGUGGGAUGAAUUGGAUAUGGUGAUUCGAGGUGAAGAAAUUGGGUCCCAGGUUGGUAAUAUAGGGACAAAUGAAGCAAGAGAAAAUGAAGAAACUUCAGCCUUGCAUUGCAAGCAUGAUUUUAUUUUUAACGAGGAAAUUGGGAUACAGUGCAGAUGGUGUGGUUGGGUUGCCACUGAAAUCAAAUAUAUCACGCCACCAUUUGUUGAUUCUAAAAGAUCAGGUAAAAGGGUGUCAUCUGGUGGAGUGAACAACACCUCACAAUUUCAUGGGGAUCUGUUUGAUGAUUCUGGUAAAGACUCUAGGUCAGAGGCAGAUUUGUCUCGCAAUGAUGGCACAGUUUGGGAUCUUAUUCCUGAUAUAAAACAAAGCUUGUAUCCUCAUCAACAAGAAGGUUUUGAGUUUAUUUGGACAAAUUUGGAAGGAACCACUAACCUUGCCAAGUUGAAGAAGGUUGAUGCGAAACGUGAAGGUGGGUGUAUUAUUUCUCAUGCUCCUGGAACGGGAAAGACAAAGUUGACCAUGGUGUUUCUUCAGACAUAUUUGCAAGUGUUUCCAAAGUGUCUACCUGUUAUCAUUGCUCCUUCCAACAUAUUGCUUACCUGGGAAGAUGAGUUGAGGAAGUGGAAUAUUGGAAUUCCAUUCCAUAACAUGAACAAUGCUGUUUUAUCAGGAAAAGAACAUGGCAUUAAUGAAAUUGACUGGUUUGGCAAUCAGAGGCAGAAUAAGGAUGCCAUACGGAUGAUAAAGUUGUGUUCAUGGUACAAAGAGAAGAGCAUUCUGUUAAUCAGCUAUAAUUUGUAUGAGAAGCUAGCAGGAGGCAAGUCUGAAGUUGAUAUGGAGAAAGAGAAGAAAAAUAGAAAGGAGAAAAAAGAGAAGAAACGUGCAAGGACUAGGGAGAAAAUUGAAACUGCAAUUGGAAAGAUGGGAAAGGUUUUGCGUGAGUAUCCUGGUUUGCUAGUUCUUGAUGAGGGGCACACGCCUCGGAAUCAACAAAGUUGUAUUUGGAAGGUUCUUUCCGAAAGUAGAUCUCACAAGCGAAUACUUCUCUCGGGGACUCCUUUCCAGAACAAUUUUGUGGAACUCUACAAUAUUUUGUGCUUGAUGAAACCUUCCUUUCCUGACAGCAUACCACAAAAACUCAAGAAGUUUUGCCAGAGUAGACUAAGGCAGGAAAAGAAGUCUUCAAAAGAUUUCAGUUGGGAACCUGAUUGUUCUGGAAAUUCAGCUGAUGAGAAAAUAAAACAGCUAAAGUUGCUGAUGAAUCCAUUUGUUAAUGUUCAUAAAGGUAGCAUUCUUCAGAAGAACCUUCCUGGGUUGAGAGAUUGUGUUCUGGUUUUGAAGCCAGACAGUUUGCAGCAAGAAACUCUAGAGAGCAUUGAAUGUUCUCAAAAUGUACUGAACUUUGAACACAAGUUGGCCUUGGUCUCAGUCCAUCCAUCCCUUUUCCUUGACUGCUCUCUCUCAAAACAAGAAGAAUCUGUUGUGGACAAGGAUAAGUUGGAAAAUCUUAGAUUGAACCCUUAUGUAGGGGUCAAAACCAAAUUUUUGAUAGAGUUUAUAAGACUAUGUGAUGCAGUUAAUGAAAAAGUUCUUGUUUUCAGCCAAUUCAUAGAUACCUUAAGCUUAAUUAAGGACCAACUUGAGUCAGCCUUUAAUUGGUCUGUGGGAACAGAAGUGUUGUAUAUGUAUGGCAAGCUUGACCAAAAGCAAAAACAGUCCCUCAUUCAUAGCUUCAAUGAUGCAAAUAGCCAAGCAAAGGUGUUGCUUGCUUCUAUAAAAGCAUCUUCUGAAGGCAUUAACUUAAUUGGUGCUUCAAGAGUCGUUCUUCUUGAUGUUGUUUGGAACCCCUCAGUGGAAAGGCAAGCUAUUUGCCGAGCAUAUAGACUCGGACAAAAGAGGGUUGUUUACACUUACCAUCUUCUUGCACAGGGCACCCCUGAGUGCACAAAAUAUUGUAAACAAGCAGAAAAGAACCGGUUAUCUGAACUGGUUUUCUCUAAUAGAAAUGCUGAAAGUGAUAACCUCAAGAUUUCUGGAGUAAAGUUUGAGGAUAGAGUUCUUGAUAUUAUGGUUCAGCAUGAAAAACUCAAGGGUAUGUUUGGGGAACGUCUGGUUCAACCAUAGGAGAGAGAUUUGGAGACUUUGGGUUUGGGUCCAAGAUAUUUUGAUUACAAGAAUUUUUAAGUUAAAUCUGAUUGAAUCAUACUUUUUGUUUGUCUCACUAAAAUGUGAGCAAAACUACGGCAAAUGGUUGAAUGCGAAAGUUCAUUAUUGGCUCCAUUCUUUGAUCAUGCGUGUCAUAGUUGCACAAUCUAUUUCUUGAAGCUUUUGUGUGAUGUCUGAAUUUUAUUCUGUUCUCAAAUUGGCCUGUAUAAACCAGAUAACUGUUGGAACAACUCUAGACAGCCAGCACCUUAAAUGCAUUUGUAAACCCGAUUUCUGGAUUUUGAACUAUGUUUGGCCCAACUUGAA